AGGGGAGGGUGGCUGCUGCCUUGCCGUCCUGGACCACUAUUUUUUUUCCUCGUUUACCAGUCAAAUCUGACUUAUUGCUGGAUUUGUUUUUGUAAAUAAGAUGAACUGAUAUCUCCGACGCGGAACACGCGGAACGUUCGGUGUCUAAGAGGAAAAAUUCCCAACGAAAGGUGUCACGGAAAAAAAAAAGUUUAUUAGUGAGAAAAUAUCAGGAUUUUAUGUUUUUUGAAAGUAUCAAGUGUUUCAGCUGAAGAGCUGCUGGUACAGGAGGUACAGGUCAAUAACUGUAGCUUUUGUUAGGAGCCCGUGGAAGACGGCCCGCUCCUUCCCCAUUACCUCCUUCCUCACCUGCCAAUUACAGAUCACGUGAUCGGCGGGAGUGACGUCACAGGACAACAGAGUGGCUUCACACUGGUUUGGGAGAUCCUAGCGCCUCCUUGCUAAGACUGGGCAGCAACAAGGAGCCGUCAGACACGCCGCCUUCAACGAUGACCUUCGCGUACCGCCUCUUCCUUCUUUCUUCCGCUGCCACUUCGACUUCGAAGAAAACGAGAAGAGGGUGACGCCGCCGCGAUGUCCACAGCUCUCAGCCUCCCCGUCAGCAUUCUUCGGUGAACCUUCCACUUAGCUACCGCGCCUCUGGCCACUCGAACACAUUCCCCUUGACGCAAACGUCUCCGGAAGAACUUUCACGGAUAAGCGACACAUAUGUGCAUUUGCUUAACUGGCAAGUGAACAGAUGUGAACAACAAGUGAACUCGUGACGCAAUUACUGCCUGAUGAUUUUCUGGUCAAUUAGCGAACAGCAUCGUAAUCCCUCGUCCAAUCAGCAACUGCAGCAGCCGUGACGUCAUCGCUGCCUCUUGAUUUGGUUGGUCGGCAUCAAUCAAGACCGCGAAUUCAUAUCCAAUUGGCACUUGGAGUUGCCGUAACGUCAGGAUGGGUAACCAGAGCAGCAGCAGCAGAGCGGGCGUCUCUCAACCGCCCUUGAACUGGACCCAAAGCUUCCCCAGAGAGAACAAACGUCUCAAGAAAUAUGGAGCUACGUCUGACACCAAGGUGCUGCCACAAAGGAUUCCUGGACAGCGUCUGCGCCCUACGGAGAACGGUCACAUAUUACAGACGAAGGGCACCAUCACCGCCAAACGGAUGGCCGAAUUCCACCCGCCACACCAUCCAGCUUUCCCGCCGCCCCUGGUCCUCGGCCCGCACCAGCAGCACCUCCACCAGCCACACACGGCCUCCCUGACCACCCUCCACUACCCGCACCCUCACGACGAGCGGGCGGCCUCCAUACACGACCUCAGGUUUGGACGACCACCCUCCAAGAAUUACGCCAGUGAGCCAGACCUGAGAGGGCCGUCACCUCCCACGAGCGCUGCUUCUCCACCUCCCCACACUAUUAUCAGUCAGUCGCCAACCAAGGGCAGAAUAAAGUCAAAGAAAAAAUAUAAGGCACCUCCAGUCCCUAUUGGAGGGAUGGGCGACUCUCAUUCCCUGCCUCGCAGUGCGGAAAGGUCGCACUCACUGGGUGAUGUGACUUAUCAGGCGUCCCAGAACCAUUGGCCAACCCCAUGUGCCGUCCAUUUUGCUGAACAUAUAGACAGCAGUCCAGAGCCAAAAGUGCCCAAAACUCGUAAAAUGGGUCUCUUCCGUAAAAAGAACGAGUCUCGACGAACGUCUGUAGCAGACGAACCUCGCAAUUCAAGGGAACAGCCAGACAGAGGACGAGCAGCCAGUGAGGAAAGACACAUAAGCUCUUCAGAUCGUUCAUCUCCAAGAGAUGAGCUUCGUGAGCGUGCUCGGAGUCUGGACUCCCUGCAGCACGAGCUGCGUCAUUCUCCCGUGUCUUCCCCAGUGCCAGUUGCAACUACAAGCUUAACUCAGCUUCACCAGUCUCAAGAGCAACGCUUGUGGGCAACCCUCGAAAGGGGUUCUAGACGGUCAGUCGCCCAAGAACCCGAUUCAAGGCGAAGCAGCACCAUUGAACGAGAAUCUAGAAAGUCUGGUAGAGAUUCCAAAAGAAGCAGCACUCUGGAAAGAGAUCCACAGAAGUCUCUCCGCAGGAUGAGCACCUUGGAACGAAAGGUGGAGGAGAGAAAGCAGAGUGCAGUGGAGGGACGUGAUAACUCCACCCCGUUGUCCCCCACACGCACGUCCCGCCUCGACUCAUCUCACCACCGUUCAUCCUCCAGCGGGUCUCAUCAUGAAUUAAUUCUGGAGGAAAAUGAGAAACGCAUUGUUGAUGAGGUGUGGGAUCAGGCUCAGUCAAAAAUAGUCAUUCAGAAAAAGAAAGAAAGUGGGAAGGGCACUGGUGAUGAAUGGGACAAGGUAGAAGGACAGGUAAAUCAGCGUAAGAAAAUAUCUGCAAGUCUUCAAGCAGAACUCUUGCAAACUGUUAAUAAUCUAAGAAAAACCUCCACAGAACAAGAACCUAAGCCGUCCACACUGACUCGAAAAGGCAGAGAGAGUGAAAAACGCACAUCUAAGCCCAUUUUGCAGCCAUCCAGUCCAAGAGGUAACAUAGCUGAGCAAAACGAGUCACAGCCCAAGACCUUCUUCUUUGGAAUGGAGCCGGAGGUGUCCAAUGUCUCUCGAAGCAAGGCCAAUUCAGGUCUCCACAAAAUAAAAAAUCAGGAAGAAGCGGCCAAAAACACAAAUCUGGAAGAGGUGCACAUUACUGGCCAGACUGUUGAAUACACACGUCACAUCCUGGAACGUGUUGAGAGGAGUCGCAGCCGCAGUGCUCGCCGGGAGAGUCAGAGAGCCAGCGAGUCUCAGCGUAAAGCCAUCGAUGAGCCUGACAGUCGCACUGAUCAACGCAAGAUUUCCAGGGACGUAGAGGAGUUUGCCGUCGCUAUUGAGCGUCACAAGAUGAGACACGCAGAUGGUGAAAGGUCAGCCAGUGGGUCUUCUCGACGCGAAGAUGGAGGUUAUCAUUCUAGACAGAACUCUGGCAGUCUGUACUUGGACAAUGAGCACGAUGUUAGGGUAGAAGGUGAACUCUGCAUGAACCUAAGACCGACACUUCCACGCAGACAGUUUGAAAUUCCUAGAUUUAGUCCGAAUGCUGCAUGGCGUUCCCUGAGCCUAGAACGUGUUAGUAAGCCUCAAGAAACACUGGACGAGACACGAAGUAGUGAAGAGCCAGACUCAGUGUGUGAGGCAAAAAUACAGAGAUUCACUCGACCAACAGCGCCCCCUCGAGGCUCUGGCGAAAAAUCUGCCGAUUCAGGCAUCUCGGGUGAUGCUGGAAGUCCUGGGCCCACACACGAGUUUGAGCCUCUGAUUCACACUGAGAAAACCAAGAGCUCCUCUGGACCCCUGGCAGCAUCCUCACCCGUAGCCUCAGGCCUGCCUGAGGUACGACGUGCCUGGACACCUGCCCAAGACCUGGAUGACAAUAGUCUCGACAGCAACAGAGAGCCCACUAACCUCCCAGAGGGACUCUCCACACCUCCCAAACUUACAUCACGUUCUAACAUGUUCCCAAAAUCUCAGGAACGGACACCUGAGCCAGAAACAGAACCUGAAUCUCCGAUUGAAACAGAAACUAUAUCGGAACUCGUGUCUUCUGAUAAAAAAGAUCACUGGACAAGGCGCAAGAAACGAAAUGGUGUGGAUAUAAUUCCCCACAAAUUCAAUAGUUUACGCAAAUUGAAACGUACAGUCACAGGUGCCAUCUCAGGACUAGGCAUCAAGGGUCCUAUUGUGGAAGAUCACCAUCAAAGCGGAACACCCGAAGAGUCGCAAGUUCAACAUCACACAGAAGACCCCAACUGGCGAGACAACUGGUCCAUGUCCCGCUCCAUUCCCAAUUCGCUCAACACCUGUGAGGAACAGGACACAGCCAGCAAUUUAUCCAGUAACCGGAACCCCAGAAGCAGGUCCGAGUCGCGGCUGGCUGCAGGCGGGGGCGAAAACUCUCAAGAAGACUCGCGAUCUCGCACGCCCUCCUAUCUCCAGUAUGGCAACUCGGGCCACAUCAUGUACCUUCCCGAGUACAACUCUCGACGGAUGAGUCGAGAGGAAGUGGGCAGUGAGGACGAGUCUGAUCACCACCACAGCCUCCGACACUCAGGUCGGCCCGCGACACCUGAUCACGAACGCAAGCCUCCAUCAGGUGACGAAGACCCAGCGCUGCCGGAGACCUACCAUGGACCUUCCUCCCUCCCAACCUCCCUCCAGCACUCGCACGCUGCUCUGGCAGCCUCCAGGAAGGCCAAGAGUAAAAAGUUCUCGUACCAGAGCACCGUCAGGAUCCUAGAGAAGAGGAAGCUGGAGGAGAAGCUGACGAGGGAGGUGGCCGAGAAGGAGAGGCAGAGACUGAAGGAAAUAGAAGCCAUGAAAAAGGUGGAAGAAGAAUUCCAGAGGAAGAGGGAGAGAGAGAAGAAGAAGGUGAAGCAGCAGCUGAAGCUGUUCCAGAUGCAGCAGAAGCACAGCAGUAGAGACGUACACAAUACCUCGUACUCCAGCGACGACCACGCCCCCUCCUCCUACUCCUCGGAGCAGAACGAGGUGUCAAGCCAAGCAUCGUCCCAGGCACCCCCUCUACCUCCCUCUCCAACACCACUGACGUUCUCGCCCUUCGCCUCCCUCCCUCCCGAGUUAUCUGCCGAGACUUCCCCAGGUCUCCUCUCUGGUCUGAAGAGCUGGGUGCGUAGCAGGAAGGAGAGUCGCUCCUCUGCCUCUUCCACUACCCUCACCUCCGCCCCGAGACAGGAGCCUGACGGAGCCCCAGCUUCCUCCCCGAGCAAAUCCAGUGACGACUACAGCGGGUCCAGCUCUUCCUCACGGAAAAACAGUACUGAAGACGUUGAACAGUUGAAAGCAAAUUUUCGAUCCGAGAUCAUCGCUGCCUCAAGAAAGCGCAAUGCAGACAGCCCCACCAGCCAAGAAAGUUCUUCAAGCCAGCACAACCUCCAAAGGAAGAACAUCUAUAACCAUCUGAGCGAGGUGGCCAGGCGUGAGGCGCAACGAUCUCGCCACAAGACUUACCAGCAGGAAGUGGUUCGCUCCAACCACCAGAAACCCGCCAAGCACCGCCAGAAGGAUGACCUCCGCUCCUCUCAGUCUCCAGAGGUCCGCCGACUGAUGCAGGAGCUGCCGGAGUUGCACCAAGAGCGGCGGGAGUACAGGGAAUACCGGAGUUCCUCACGGCACUCCCAGUCACCGUCCGCCCUCCCACCAAACAGUCCCCCUGCUUCCAUCAGCCCCAGCAAGAGCAGCAGUAACUACCGCCGAGACUUCUGCCUGGGUAACGCCCAGGCGACGGCUCCGACUGUGGCGCCAGUGAAGGCCAAGCGCUCCGACGAGAGUGACAGAUAUUCCAAGCACUCGAGUGAUGACCGACGGUCCGUGAGCAGCAGCGGAGUCCACCGCAGUGCCUCUGUCGACCUGCUGGAGACGGGCUCGUGUUCGUCGUCCUCCACCGCUCGUCACCACCACCAGUCAUCUCACCACCUCGCCGACUCCUCCCUCACACACGGCAGGAUGGGCGGCUACUCACCGGUCGACAGCAGUCCAGCUAGGUUCGCUCACAGGAUUAUGACUCCCUUCAGUCCUGUCAAAGGCUACAGGCCUGUCUCCUUCAGCCCUCCUCCACCAACUAAGAUUCUUCCCGUAAACUAACCUUCGUCUGUAACGAAAAAAACAAACAAAAAAUGUAUACAACGAAUUUGGUAUAGUUUACGCUAGUAUGUAACAGAAAACAAUGCCCUACUUCUUUACAUUAAAGAAAACGUUAUCAGCUUUAGUACAACAAGUGCGAUAACUAAAAGAAACCACAAGGAUUUAUGUUUAGUGAAAUGUCAGAUUCUUAGCAAGAGAAUAGCUGGCAAACUAUAGCUAUUAGAAAGGAAUGGAAUCAGUGUGCCAAAAUGUAAACAGAGUUUGUUAACAAGGAAUGAAAUACAAUUGUUUAUAUAGUUAUUUAAUGUAAAAAUGAAAGUGGGGAAAACUGCACGGUGAUGUAGAUUGUUGAUUUGUACAUACUCGCCAGUAUUAGCUUUAUAUUGGGACAUGUUCACCUCAUGCAAAGCUAACUUUUGAAGGUUCUGAGCUUUAACGUUUCCGUCCUGUGAGUGUGUUUACUUGUGUAGGUGACUGGUAGCGUGCCUGCGCCUUCAUGCGAUGGUGCGAACAUGCAGAAAUGUGGAGAGAUAAAUGUCAAGGGUUCGAGUGAGUGAGUGAGUGAGUGAGUGAGUGAGUGAGUGAGUGAGUGAGUGAGUGAGUGAGUGAGUGAGUGAGUGAGUGAGUGAGUGAGUGAGUGUGUGCGCGCGCGCGUGUGUGUAGUGUGUGUUCUCUCGUGAGUAAGCAUACUUAAACAUGCAUAAUUUUACGCUUUGUACACCUAUAUACUGACACAGUUAUCACAACACAUGACUUAAAUGUUCGCCACUAAUGACGAACCAUAUAGUUGACAUAUUGACUUGCCACUCUGGACGACAUGCUCGUCACUCAAAUCAGUCAGGUUAAACACCUUUGGGUGUAGCCAGUAACUGGACGAGUGACACUAUUGAUAAAAGUCGUCCUGGGCUUGAGGGGGACGACUUUGACGAAGUCUGCCGCCACCCACUUCUAAACCCACACUGGAACUUGAUAAAGAUGCGUCUCUCUCUCUCUUUUACUAUGUAUAUUGCUGUUGCUAAAUACUCGGGUGUUCCAGAUGGCUCUGCCUGGGCUGCCUUUUUUAUGUCUGUACUUAUGCUCUCAACAUUACUAGUUCAUAAGGAUAAAACCCAGAAAAGUUCUUUUAUAUUAAACAAAUAAGAUGUAAUACCCAUAGUCUAUUGUGUAGUGUGUGUGUGUGUGUGUGUAGUGUGUGUGUGUGUAGUGUGUGUGUGUGUAGUGUGUGUGUGUGUGUGUGUGUGUGUAGUGUGUGUGUG